AACUGCGCUCUUGCUGACAAAAUCGCGGAACUGGCCCUGCAUUUUGCCCCGGCACCACCACCGGAUUUCCUGCUGAGUGGUCUAGUCCUUCUGCUCACUGGUCGGCGGUCCGUACUGUUGAACCCAGACAGCAACGCAGUCGAGAGCAAGCCUGCGCUGAAAGUGUCCCUUCGAGAUGAUCUCAAGGCGGACCUUCGCAAAGAGAUCGAAAACAUUCCCACCACUGACUCUGACUGUGCCGUGGAUCCAGCCGUGGUGAGCAGACUGAAGAAGUUGUUGAAAUGA